UCUAGCAGCUCCUCCCUCUGCAGAGCGAAGUAGGAUCUCCAUUCAAACACAUCCAAACUCCGCGGGAUGAGAUUCAAUUGUACACUUUCUAGCUGCUGAUCACCACUUCGCCUCCAACAUAAGGAACGUCAUUUUGGAGAAUCUGUAGUAUUUGACGUCCACAACAGUGAAACGAGUAGACAGUUAAUUCUGGCCCGCGAUACUCACAAGUGGUUGCUAGCAAGCUAUUCCAACAGACUGCAAACAUGGCGAGCGCCUCAUACCAUAUCUCUAAUCUUCUGGAAAAAAUGACAUCUAGCGAUAAGGAUUUCAGGUUCAUGGCCACUAAUGACUUGAUGUCGGAGCUGCAGAAGGACUCGAUCAAGCUGGACGACGACAGCGAACGCAAGGUGGUCAAGAUGAUCCUUAAGCUGCUGGAGGACAAGAAUGGAGAAGUGCAGAACCUGGCCGUCAAAUGCCUGGGACCCCUGGUCAGUAAGGUGAAGGAGUACCAGGUGGAGACCAUCGUGGACACGCUGUGCACCAACAUGCUGUCAGACAAGGAGCAGCUCCGAGACAUCUCCAGCAUCGGCCUGAAGACCGUCAUCGGGGAACUGCCCCCCGCCUCCAGUGGCUCAGCGCUGGCGGCAAGUGUGUGUAAAAAGAUCACAGGGCGUCUCACAAGUGCCAUCGCCAAACAGGAGGACGUGUCUGUGCAGCUUGAGGCACUGGACAUCAUGGCAGACAUGCUGAGCAGGCAGGGUGGUCUGUUAGUGAACUUCCACCCGUCCAUCCUGAGCUGCUUGCUGCCCCAGCUGACGAGCCCGCGGCUGGCCGUGCGCAAGCGCACCAUCAUCGCCCUGGGCCACCUGGUGAUGAGCUGUGGCAACCUGGUGUUCGUGGACCUGAUCGAGCACCUGCUCUCCGAGCUCUCGCGCAACGACUCCAUGUCCACCACGCGCACCUACAUCCAGUGCAUCGCCGCCAUCAGCCGCCAGGCCGGACACCGGAUCGGUGAGUACCUGGAGAAGAUCAUCCCUCUGGUGGUGAAGUUCUGUAACGUGGACGAUGACGAGCUGAGGGAGUACUGCAUCCAGGCCUUCGAGUCCUUCGUCAGGAGGUGUCCAAAGGAGGUGUACCCGCACGUGCCCACGAUUAUCAGCAUCUGUCUCAAAUACCUGACCUAUGACCCCAACUAUAACUACGACGACGAGGAUGAAGACGAGAACGCCAUGGACGCAGAUGGAGCCGAUGAAGAUUACCAAGGAAGCGACGACGAGUACAGCGACGACGACGACAUGAGUUGGAAGGUGCGUCGGGCGGCGGCCAAGUGCCUGGACGCGGUGGUGAGCACGCGGCACGAGAUGCUGCCCGAGUUCUACCGCUCGGUGUCGCCGGCGCUCAUCGCCCGCUUCAAGGAGCGCGAGGAGAACGUGAAGGCCGACGUGUUCCACGCCUACCUCUCGCUGCUCAAGCAGACGAGGCCCGCCCAGAGCUGGCUCUGUGACCCCGACGCCAUGGAGCAGGGGGAGACUCCGCUCACUAUGCUGCAGAGUCAGGUGGGAGUUCACAAUAAACGUUUGUGUGCCAGCGCAGAGCUGCUCACCCUGCUUCAGAUACAGGUGCCCAUGAUCGUGAAGGCUUUGCACAAACAGCUGAAGGAGAAGAGUGUGAAGACUCGCCAGUGCUGCUUUAACAUGCUGACUGAGCUUGUCAAUGUACUGCCCGGAGCACUCACAUCACACAUCCCUGUGCUGGUCCCAGGAAUCAUCUUCUCCCUGAACGACAAGUCCAGCUCGUCCAACCUGAAGAUCGACGCUCUGUCCUGCCUGUACGUGAUCCUGUGCAACCACCAGCCGCAUGUCUUCCACCCACACGUGCAGGCGCUGGUGCCGCCGGUGGUGGCCUGCGUGGGCGACCCCUUCUACAAGAUCACCUCCGAGGCUCUGCUGGUCACGCAGCAGCUGGUCAAGGUCAUCCGGCCGCUGGAGCAGCCGGACGCCUUCGACGCCACGCCCUACAUUGGCGACCUUUUCGCCUGCACCAUCAAGCGGCUGAAGGCGGCCGACAUCGACCAGGAGGUGAAAGAGCGCGCCAUCUCCUGCAUGGGCCAGAUCAUCUGCAACCUGGGCGACAGCCUCGGCGCCGACCUCCCCGGCACGCUGCUCAUCUUCCUGGAGCGGCUGAAGAACGAGAUCACGCGGCUCACCACGGUCAAGGCGCUGACGCUGAUCGCCGGCUCGCAGCUGCACAUCGACCUGCGGCCCGUGCUGGCCGAGGCCGUGCCCAUCCUGGCGUCCUUCCUGCGCAAGAACCAGCGGGCGCUCAAGCUGGGCACGCUGGCGGCGCUGGACAUCCUGGUGCAGAGCUACAGCGACAGCGUCACGCCGGCCAUGAUCGACGCGGUGCUCGCCGAGCUGCCGGCGCUCAUCAGCGAAAGCGACAUGCACGUGUCGCAGAUGGCCAUCAGCUUCCUGACCACGUUGGCGCGCGUGCACCCCGAGGCGCUGUCCAAGAUCAGCGGCGCCAUCCUGACCGAGCUCAUGGCGCUGGUGCGCUCGCCGCUGCUGCAGGGCGGCGCGCUGGCCGCCAUGCUGGACUUCUUCCAGGCGCUGGUGGGCACCGGCACCGCCAGCCUGGGCUACAUGGACCUGCUGCGCAUGCUCACGGGCCCCGUGUACGCACAGAGCUCCGCGCUCGCCCACAAGCAGUCGUACUACUCCAUCGCCAAGUGCGUGGCGGCGCUGACCCGCGCCUGCCCCAAGGAGGGCCCCGCCGUGGUGGGCCAGUUCAUCCAGGACGUGAAGAACUCGCGCUCCACCGACUCGAUCCGGCUGCUGGCGCUGCUGGCGCUGGGUGAGGUGGGCCACCACCUGGACCUCAGCGCCCAGCCCGAGCUCAAGGCCGUCAUCCUGGAUGCGUUCAGCUCGGCCAGCGAGGAGGUGAAGUCGGCGGCGUCGUACGCGCUGGGCAGCAUCGCCGUGGGCAACCUGCCCGAGUACCUGCCCUUCGUGCUGCAGGAGAUCACGAGCCAGCCCAAGCGGCAGUACCUGCUGCUGCACUCGCUCAAGGAGAUCAUCAGCUCGGCGGCGGUGGCGGGCCUCAGGCCCUACGUAGAGAGCGUGUGGUCGCUGCUGCUCACGCACUGCGAGUGCACGGAGGAGGGCACGCGCAACGUGGUGGCCGAGUGCCUGGGCAAGCUCACGCUCAUCGACCCCGAGACGCUGCUGCCUCGCCUCAAGGGCUACCUGCUCUCCGGAUCCUCAUAUGCUAGAAGUUCUGUCGUGACAGCCGUCAAGUUCACCAUCUCAGACCACCCACAGACUAUCGAUCCCCUACUGAAAAACUGUAUAGGUGACUUCUUGAAGACGUUGGAAGACCCGGACCUUAAUGUGCGAAGGGUUGCUCUGGUGACGUUUAAUUCUGCCGCUCACAAUAAGCCUUCACUGAUCAGAGACCUGUUGGACACAGUGCUGCCUCACCUGUACAAUGAAACCAAAGUGCGCAAGGAGCUUAUCAGAGAGGUGGAGAUGGGUCCGUUCAAACACACGGUGGACGACGGGCUGGACAUCAGGAAGGCGGCGUUUGAGUGCAUGUACACGCUGCUGGACAGUUGCCUGGACCGGCUGGACAUCUUCGAGUUCCUCAAUCACGUGGAGGACGGACUCAAGGACCAUUACGACAUCAAGAUGCUGACAUUCUUGAUGCUGGCCAGGCUGUCCUCCCUGUGUCCCAGUGCUGUGCUACAGAGGCUUGACAGACUGGUGGAGCCACUCCGAGCCACCUGCACCACAAAGGUGAAGGCGAACUCCGUGAAGCAGGAGUUUGAGAAGCAGGACGAGCUGAAGCGCUCUGCGAUGCGGGCGGUGGCUGCCCUGCUGACCAUCCCAGAGGCGGAGAAGAGCCCUCUGAUGAGCGAGUUCCAGUCGCAGAUCAGCGCCAACCCAGAGCUCGCCGCCAUCUUCGACAGCAUCCAGCGUGACUCCACCUCCGCCAACAUGGAGUCCAUGGACACCAGCUAAGCAUCCAAAAAAAACACCAAACGGAAAAAUGAAAUCAAAACAACAUACAUACACACACAUUACGUGAGACACGAAGCGACGACGGUAACGACGACAAAACUGAUUUAAUGAAAUAUGACAUCUCUCCCCCUUAUCCCCCACAACGAUGCACUCUUCGUCUUUUUGUUCAUCCUCGUCGUUUCCCCCACAAGAAUAUGCCGCAUUUAAGAGAAAAGACAAAAAAAAAGAAAACAAUGAAAACGAGUGAAAGAAUACAACCUCCGCGAAUGGAGAAGGCUUUUAUUGUUCCAUGCAUUGCACUGAUUCAGCCGAUACAGGAGGAAACAAGAAAAAACAAGGAAAAAAAAACAUAAAAAGUGAUGAAAAAAAAGACUAAAUCAUAAACAAAACACCUAAAAAAUACAUUCUCUGUAGCUUGAAAGAGCUCCUCACCAAGAUUCACAAAGCCUUUGUUUUUUUUGUUUUAUUCCUUGUUGCUUUGUGAACUACAGAGGAAGACCACAAACGAUCGUUCUUUUCCACUUCUUCCUUCCUUCCCCCUCACUCAUUUCCCAACUUUUGGGUCCAUCGUUUUCUUUUGUUUGUUUGUUUUUUGGACCAGUCUCUUCCAAAAAAAAAAAAAGGACCAAGAAGUUUUCCCUAGCAUGGAGUGGUUGGUGUUGGAGCAGCUUGAGCUCUGAAGGGGCUGGCUGCACGUGCCCUGGAGCUGGGGAUGGAUAGAGAGAGAGAGGCCCAGUCGAGGUGUUGGUGCCUCAUGGACUGGGAAUAUAUUCCACCUGCGUGGUUUCAGACCAGACUUAUUGAGACCUCAUACAGAACAUUUGUUCAUUUCCGAGCACCGGGCUAGCAGGACCGUUUAUUUCCUUCUUAACACCAUGUCUGUUCCUUUCUGAGCUCAAUGCCACGAGGACCAUCUUUGAUCUGUUGAUUUGGUUUGAUUUUGUUUUGAUGCCAUGUUUCUUACCAGACCAGAUAAAAAUGAUGGCUGAGCGUUCCUUCUUUUAGUUUUUUUUGUACGAUUUUUGCAAUGUCACUCGCCUGCCGUAUGAAUUUAAUUAGUCUUACCUCUAAAGUUACAUACUCUGACCAAGAGUAUGUGUCGGAAAGAGAGAGUGCGGGCGAGCGAGCCAGUGAAAUGUUUAGCGAUGUUAAACGAAAGGUUUGCUCCAUAGCUGAAGUUGAGUGUUUUUUUUUUUUUUCUUUCUCUUUUUCAAUUUCAUUCCCUUUCUUUUUUCCUGCUUGAAUGCCAUGGUUGGUGCACAGUGGUUGCAUCUAGGUAAUCUGGAAAGGUUAGAGCACUUAAUAUAGAAAAUUCUCUGUAUUGCAAACGCUGUCCAGGCUCUUGCGACUAGAAGCGACUAUUUGGUUUGGGUCACAUUACUGGACCCCUCUGGCCCAACAAAGGACCUGAGCUUGUACGCAUGUGGAACAAAUGAAUUACAGAUGGGAGGUGUUUGUUUUUGCUUCUUUUUUUAAAGUUAUUUUUGGCUGUUGUGUAUGGAUGGACGUUUCUCACCCACUAUUAGCGUUUACCAUUUCUGCAACUAUUUCUGUGCUGAACUGUUUUUUUUUGGGGGGGGGGGGGGGAUUCAACUGCAUCGACCAAUUCCUUCAUCUAGUUCCCUCUGUGGGGAACAUUUCUCUGUCUGUCUCUCUCUCUCUCUUUUUUUUUUUUUUGGUCUCCCUUUCGGCAUUCCUCUGCCACUCCUCUAGGGGGAGCCCUGUGUAUCCACCAACUUUAAAUCACUUUAGAUAAGAACUUUGAUGGUUUGCAAACACGUUUUUGAGGACUUCUGUUUGUUGGGAAAUAAAAAAAAAAAAGAGAAAAUUAAAAAAAAUUAACGAAAAGGAUGGUUUCUUGGGCCCAAUGGAUGGCACAGUCGUUCCUGUUACAGUACAUCCUGGCACCCUGUUUGGGGCUGUGUGAGUGUGUGUGUGUGUGAGUGUCUGUGUGAAAUCAGUCGCUGUGUGUUUGUGUCCCACUCGUAGGUGCUGGGAGGCUUAUAUCUGCGCCACCUGUGAGAUUUGCUGAAAUAAAAGGUUCAUUUCUG